AUGGUUACUUGCACUGAGCACUUGGAAAAUUUGCAAAACUGGACAUUAGACCAAAGAAUUAAAAUUCGUCUAGAAGAUACCGGUUUUCCACGUUUAAGCGAACUUGCAAAAUGUCAACAUGAUAGCCAGCUUCUGAAAUGUGUGGUAUCCCAUUUCAAUACAGAGACAUGUGGAUUUGAAUUUGGUGGUAUAAAAUUAGUUUUUGGCUUGAAAGAUGUUCUCGAAAUUACAGGCUUGCACAUUACAGGCCAGUCUGUCACUGGGACCGCUGGUGACAUGACUUAUUGGUCCAACCAAUGUUUUGGACAAGAUUUGACCUUUAAAAAACAAAGGGCAAUUCGAGGAGCCAUUAAGCUAUCUGUUCUUAGAGAAAAAUUUAUGGAAGUUCCACCAAGAGCAACUGAAGUUGAACUAGAUCGACAUACUAGAGCAUAUGCUCUUUAUGUUCUAGGUUCGUCCUUAUUCAGUAGUUCUUCUAAGGGGAUGUUGAUACUCUCCAUCUUCCAUUGCUUUAUCAUGUUGAAAAAAUAA